CUGUCGCCUGGAUGACGUUGCUUCGGUCGUUGCUGCUCGCUUAAAUAAUUGCAAAUGCCCCCCUAUCUAUGUUUAGGGUUAUGUUAAAUGUCGCUUGACGAUCUGGGUAUUGUAAAUCCCGUGGUAGCGCAGAUCAUUUCUCAGAUCGACGCGCCCCUUUGAAAGUCAACCUCGAAACAAUCACGUCAAAGGUUCAAAAACUUGGUAAAGACAGCAACAAACACCGAGACCGCGACGGUAAGGCAGAGCUAUACCGGGCUGAUGCUGUUUUCUUGAAGAGGCAAUCAUCAAUCAUCGAUCAUCGUACCUUCCACCCGGCAUCGUUUGUGCACUCACGUGACAAUAUUUGAGCUCACCUCAACCAACAUCCACUACAGGGGCGAAAGCAAGUGGAUUCACCUCCGACUCAUUGUCAUCUCCAGGUUUUUCGUGUUGUCAUACACUCGAGGAGCCUGUGCAUUCUUUCAGUAGGCUGUCAGGGAGAUCUCAGCUUCGCCAAACCAUACAAUCGCCGGAAAAAAGAAUCAUCAAGAUGUCAGAGACCGAAUCUGAUGAAGAUUUCAAGAGAGCAGUGGCUCUAUCUUUAAAGGACCAAUCCACUGUUGCUGGUAGCAAGUCUACUGUCAUCGACCUUGUCAGCGACAGCGACGUCGAUGAUGAUGAUGAUGAUGAUGACGAUGAUCUUGACGCUCCGGUGACUGCACGAAAGCUUCCAAUUUUCAAUGGUUCGGCAACAACGCGAUCUGGACCUAUCAAGCCAAAGGCAGCAGGAAGUCUUGAAUUCUCGCACAUGUAUGGUGAUCUGGGAUCUGUAUUAUCAUCUCCUGGAACAAAAGCCAUGAAAGCAAGUCAGCCAACUGGAGGUAUGCUUGGAUUGAAUCGAAAGGCGAUGGAAGAAGAGCGCCUCAGGCGACAGAAACAAAAGCAAGAAAGUGGUCAGCUCAUAGCUAAGAACAAGAGACACGCUUCACUGUCCCCACUAUCUGUGAAGGAACGAGAGGAGGUCUCCACGUACACCAACGGGCUUGGCCCCAAAGCCCAUAUUGCGUCGAAACCGGAGGAGAAGCGGCAGAAAUUAGGGCAUACCACGUCGAACGUUCUAUCACGGUUUGAAGAAGAACUCCUCAGCAAGCCGGGAAUCCGCUUUCCGGACGGUGUUGUGAAGAAGACUUGGGUGAAAGGAGUUCCUCGCUUAGGAGACGACAUCAAGAUUGAGGAAGUCCUUCAAAAGGACGAUCUUCAGCUCGCAGUUCUCAGUGCAUUUCAAGUGGAGCCUGAGUGGGUGGAAACAAAACUUGAUCCGAAGACAAAAGUGAUGUGGGUUCUGCAAGCUAAGACUGCUGAUGAGAAGCAAAAAAUAUGCUCGAUGGCUCCUAGUAACUAUCGCUUUUGUUUUCCCUCCAUGGAGGGGAACAUAAACUGCAUGCACUCCAAGCUUCAACUUCUCGCAUUCUCCACGCACCUCCGAGUCGUCAUUCCCAGUGCCAACCUUACAUCUUAUGAUUGGGGAGAAACAGGCGUUAUGGAGAAUGUCUGUUUCCUCAUAGACCUUCCACGACUACCACCAGGUAGCCCAUCAACCGAGCCUACGCACUUUGCUGAGGAGCUGCUUUUCUUUCUACAUGCCAUUGACCUUGACCAAGGGAUAAUAAACAGCCUGAAGAAGUUCGACUUUACUCGAACAUCUCAGAUGGCAUUUGUACACUCGAUAGGGGGUUCUCACCCAGAUCAGGGAAUAUGGAAACGGACGGGAUAUUGCGGCUUGGGAACGGCAAUUCGAAAACUUGGCUUACAAACCGAUGCAGCCCUGGAUAUUGACUUUCUGGCAGCAUCAAUCGGCAGCCUUAACCAAACUUUCUUGAAGUGCCUGUACAACGCUGCACAAGGGGAUGACGGACUCGUGGAGUAUGGAUGGCGUGCCGAGAAAAAGUCAACAAGGAACAAGGCAAUGUGUGAGACGGAGCGCAAACUAUCAGACACCCUGAAAGACCGUUUCCGUAUUUACUUCCCAACUGGGGAGACGGUGGCUAAUUCCCGCGGUGGAAUUGGGUGUGGUGGUACUAUCUGCAUACAAGCGAAGUGGUACGAUUCAGCCACAUUUCCGAGGCAUCUGAUGCACGAUUGUCAGAGUCUGAGACCUGGUAUUUUGAUGCACAGCAAAAUGAUGUUUGUCAGGGGAGUAGGCGAUAAACAAGAUAGUCAGAUUGCGUGGGCCUAUGUGGGAUCCGCCAACUUGUCUGAAUCUGCCUGUAAGUUUCAUUAUUUCAUUUCCGUCCGAUUCGAAUGUUUGCGUUUUUCAGCCUUGAUCUCGCCAUGGCGCCAAGUGAAUCCCAUAUCAAGUGUCUCUCAAGUGCUGCGCAUUAGAUGCCAAGAUUGACGAGAAUAAAGAUGGCUCCCAUCGAGGUGUUGUGCUCGUCACGAGACCUCCGCUUACAGGCUCGCCGUAACUUACCGCAAAAGGAAGGUCAUAAAGUCUUGUUUUGAGCAACAUAGCUAGUACUCCAGUGUAGGACAAGAGCUUGCCAAGAAGUUCUCCACGUCAACUCCACAUAGAAGUUAUUUUUCUACAACCGAUUUCUUGGAGCUCUUGCUAACAGCAUUCAUCCGCAGGGGGACGCCUUGUGCAGGACAAAGAUACCAGAGAACCGAAACUUACCUUAAGAAAUUGGGAAUGUGGAGUCGUCCUACCGAUCAAAGUCGAUGGCGAACAACCUUCGGAUCGCAAAGGCGAAGACAAAGACAAGACAUCUUUGGGUAUGGAUGUCUUUCUUGGUCACAUACCUGUGCCCAUGCAAGUUCCUGGCAAUCCAUAUGGACUUCAUCGGCCUUGGUUCUACAAAGCCCAUUAUUGAGAUCGGGAUUCGCCAAUAGCUCUGAUAAUGCCACAAGCAGUUAAUACAUGACUGCAGGUAUUGGAUAACUAUCUUUGAAGCCUCAACUACACCUGAUAGCAGCAGUCUUUAAAAACUGGACCGGAAUGUUGGCUGCGACCUCUUUGCCAUGGUCAUACCCCUGACUCAUGUAGAUAAGAGACGCGAGGUACUUUUGUCCUUGGAUGACAUUGAUAUCACUGAUUGCAUAGCGCUGUAUCAGAUGCCAUUCCUGAGUAGUGAUUGAGUAUGCCCUGAGGUAUGGACAUCUCGAUGUUCUCAGUGCCUAACGACGCUGGAAUUCCUGUGCGUGAGUACUCUGAGGUAUCCCUUAGGGGAGGCCAAAGGGCGGUGGUGCAACAGCCAGCAAGCUGUGACCUGCAUCAUCCUAGCUGUUCAUCAUGCGCAGAACAGCCCAUCAGCAAGCGUGCACAGGCACUUAGUCGGGAGCAGCCUUCCAUAGCAAAAGUUUACCCAUUCUUGUCUUUCGGGACUCUGAGCGUCGAAGUUGUCCGAGCCCAGGUGAAGUAGAAUUGGCCUGGGACCAGAUAUUCCUGCAGGCUUUCGUCAUAGGGGUUUACACUGUGAGAGAUUUGGACCCUGGAGUAGAUCUCGCAUCGGGCAUUUUGACACACAGCGCAAUUCGCUCUACAACCAAGUUAUGGAGCACUACUGAAAGCAGGUCAAAGUCAAGCACUUCUGCAAACACACAGACAACUGAGAUCCGGAAAAACAGCUGAUGAGGUUCUAGAACAUGCAGCUACUAGGCUCGCACGAACCAAGAGGAGAAGAUGAACCAAAGGGAUCUCGUUCCAACUAAUGUUCUCACCCGCGGCAGACAUGAGAAAGCCAACCACGUGAGAAUGUUUCAAGAGGUGAAACAGUAGCGACGAUGACUACGAUAUGGCCGAGGAUCAGCUGCAUUACAGUCCACUCUGCCCAUGCAGUUAUCGCAGGUUUAUUAGAUGGAGGUAGCAGCGGCGCCCGUGGGGGAGGAGUGCGUGUUCACGCAAGUUUGCAAGUUCGUACGAAAUGCGGACGUGGAAGCUCUCCUCGUCUAGUCAAAGCGUCAGGAAAGCAGCCCGAGCCACUGACUGUGUCUACCGACCCUCGACCAUUCAACCAGCCAGCAUCUAUCCAGAUUCCGGACCUCCUUUAUCUUACCUUACCUUACCUUACCUUACCUUACCUUACCUUACCUUACCUUACCUUACCUU